GCUAAGUAACUAACUAAUUACUUACUAGUACUUAGUUUUGACAGAAGAAAGUAAAAGGCAAAAAGGCUAGGCUGAUGCCAAACCAAGUACCGGUACGUAUCAAGUAAAAGUAAACAAAACCCUCACUUGUUUCGUAGACAGCGCACUUGCAUGUAGCGGGUGACGAAGUCGAAAGCUUCUGUCCGUUCCGAAUGAAGCAACAAAAUAGGCAUUUUAUUUGGGGCAUUUUGGCAUUCCGGAAUGGGUUUGGUUCAAGCUUCUUGAGCUGCAGCAGACUCCGAGAAACGUUUCGCUGUGAUUCAGGAUUGGAGAAUUAUUCGAAAUAGUCAGACAAAUAGUGCCAUUAGUGGCUAGUGUCCUUGAACGCUUGUCUGAUCCGUGGAGCAAGACGAUACAGCUGCUAGAGCUGCUGCGAGUGUUGCAGUGCAGUCACUGAGUCAGACACUCGGGAAGGGAUCAUGGCAACAGAUCUAGUCGACACACAGCUACCAUGCUAUCUUGCCAGCAAGGAUGUGACGCUAUCACCGACCGCUCGUCAGCUGGGUGCGGGCAGCUUUGGCGAGGUUCUAGAAGGCCGUUGGAUCUCCUGUGCAGUCGCUGUCAAACGUCUGUACCCGCCUCUGUUCAGUCCAGAUGGCAGGAGGAAAGCCGGAACGAACCAGCGGAAGAAAACGAUAACUCUGAAGGAGAUGAUGUCAUCGUUCAAUACGUUGAUCGGGCAACUCUGCACCGUUCACCACCCGCACAUUGCAGAUUUCUAUGGAGUCACCGUACUGGCCAAUCACAGCGCUCCCGUUCUUGUCAGUGAGCAGCUGCAUCGCAACCUGCUGGAUCGCCGCAGGGACCCGGCGUGCCCCCAGCUAACAGUGCGCGACUGUGUCGAUGUCGCCUUGCAGGUUUCCAGUGCAUUGGCUUACCUUCACGAACGUAACGUCCCGAUUGUCCAUGGCGGCGUGAACUCACGGAACGUCCUGUUGUCAACCAGUGGACGGUGCAAGCUCACUGACGUAAACCUUGCCAAGUGGUUUUCUGAAUUCGAGGAAAUCGAACUGCACGAGUCUACGUAUCUACCAUGCGGCUUAUCCAAGGAAGAGAGAUUCUCCUGCCCUGUGGAUGUGUAUGCCCUUGGGGUUGUGUUGCUGGAGGCAAUGUCAGGCCGAGGUCAGUUUGUAGCACAAGAUCCACCCGUAGACUCAGCAGCCACAGCGCAGCAGGAAAAGGACUCGUGGGAGACAGCGUCAAAUGCUUCUCAGAGCAGCGACAGUGGUCGCUUGUCGAUGGCUCGUGUGCGCUUCAAGAAGUACUUGGAUAAGCUUGGUGACAAGCCCGAUCUCGUUCGGACUGUAACCGUGCUCUUGCAGCCGACCCGGCCACGUAUUGAAAGUGCGCGCAAAGUGAUCUUAAAGCUCGCUACCGUAGAUUCAUAUCUGAAAAGCAAAUCUAUGCUGAAACUAGAUGUGGGCUAUUUGGCCAGUGAGGUACGGGACUUGCGCGAGGCAGUUCUCGAAAGCCAGGAGAGAAACUCUUCGGCAGGCGAGCAGCUGCAAGACGUCGUCGACGACCAGCACAGUGUGGUACUAGACUCUGCAGAAGUGGCCAAAGCAUCACUGUAUCACAUUCGACUCGUCCAGCAGCAGAUGCACCGGCAGCACGACGACAUGAGCAGCGCUUUCCUGAGCCGUCUCGAAGAUGUUCAUAUCGCUGCGCACAACACGUAUGCAGCCAUGUAUAAUAUGGCAGGUGAAAGCCAGGCUCGCGCUCAGUACGGAGCUCACGGCCAUGAUAUGGCCCACAGCAAUGGGCCCAAUGGCAGUGCCUUCCCUGGCACCAAUCAACUCAACUCUUCACAGGAACAGGUGAUGUACGCCAUGAGAUCUCCGCCACAUUUCUCCGCACCCGCAGGACAAGAGGAGUUCACCGAUGUGUUGUCGCCGGUCACCUCGCCAAGUCAGUUGGCAGCGAUGGGCAGCUCUGGCGUCAGAGAGCACCUGCACUCUACACAGCAUGUAGAACAGGUACCCGUUCCACGUGCCGCCUCAUCGUCAUCUGAGCAGAGCGCUGGCGAAGAUGGAUAUAUAGAGGACGAGUGGCCAUGCUCCACUGAGGAGCCAGGCGCUGCUGCUGUUAACACUGCUGGUCCAGUUCCGUCACCCAUUGCUCCGUCAGAUAGCCCGGAAGUGGUGGACAAAAGUGAGGUAGCAGUACAGCAAGCAACGUCACAUGCUGUCUGUGUAGAACGACCGGACGGUAUGCUUGAUGAUAGUCUAACUGUACAUUCGCCAGACAUCGAAUUGGAUUCCCCGACGAACGAGUCAGCUGAUAAGCUGCACUCACCAGUGAGCGAGACAGUGCUUUCCGCUUCGAAUGACCAAUGGAUAUCCGGUAAUGAAUUCGAGUCAACGGAAGAAGUGCGCGACCAGACGUCCUGUGAUUCUGAGGUGACUCCCUGUGUGCGAAGGCGAAAUCCAUCAGCAGUAUGCGCAUCUGGCACAGAAUCUGC